AUGUCUGAACCACCUCCGAAGAAAAAGUAUAAGGUCGCCGUGCUGAUCUAUCACGGCGCAGAUAUCCUCGACUUCACAGGUCCGAUGCAAGUGAUGUCUCACGUCUCGCAUCAAGACGAUCCGGAUCCCGUUUUCGAAGUCAAGACUAUCGCCCAGAAGAAUAUGGUCCACACCUCGAGCUAUCUUCACAUCAAACCCGAUAUCUGGUUACCAGACACUCUGGAUAGUAUCGCACAAUAUGAUAUCCUCAUAGUUCCUGGCGCUUCACUACCAACCCUCCAGAAGAUAAUCAACGACACCAAAAUCCCGGAAUUAAAUUUGAUUCGCCGAUAUACUUCAGAGCUUACUCGUUCCCGUGUCCUCGUCUCGGUCUGCACGGGUGCAGUACUUCUCGGCGCAGCCGGUAUUCUAUCCGGACUAACUGUAACAGCACACCACCUCGCCCUGGAAAUAUUGGGAGAACUCUGUUCUACGCAGGACCAAGCAAAACUCUCGACAAAGAUUGUGCAUCGACGGUUCGUUGACGGCGGGGUUGUAAAAAGAACCAGAGUCCAGAUUAUAUCCUCUGGCGGGACGAGCGCCGGCAUCGACGCGACGUUCUACAUCAUUUGCCGACUUCUAAGUGCUGAAGCGGCGUCAUCUGUUUCUAAAACUAUGGAGUAUGGGUGGCAAGAGCCGCAGAAUGGGGACUGGCCUACGAAGUUUCACUGCAUCUUAGACUGA